AUGGGGGCACACGUGUCCCUGGUCCAGGCCACACUUAUUCACCACGCGUCUCUCCCUCUUCCCUUGUCUCUCCCUCGUCCCUCUCCUCUCCCUCUUCCCUCUCUCCCUCUUCCCUCUCCUCUCCCUCUUCCCUCUCCUCUCCCUCUUCCCACUCCUCUCCCUCUUCCCUCUCCUCUCCCUCUUCCGUCUCCUCUCCCACUUCCGUCUUCUCUCCCCCCUCCUUUUCCCCGGCUUCCCCACCCCCAUUCAGCAUGCGGCCACAUGUUGUACUUCUGGCACUUUGCUGGCACUUCCCCGGGAGCAGAGCUGGCGCACGCAAGGGGAGUGGAGGGGCGCGCAAGGGGAGUGGAGGGGCGCGCAAGGGGAGUGGAGGGGCGCGUCAUGGGGAGUGGAGGGGAGCGUCAUGGGGAGUGGAGGGGCGCGCCAUGGGGAGUGGAGGGGCGCGCCAUGGGGAGUGGAGGGGCGCGCCAUGGGGAGUGGAGGGGCGCGUCAUGGGGAGUGGAGGGGCGCGCCAUGGGGAGUGGAGGGGCGCGCCAUGGGGAGUGGAGGGGCGCGCCAUGGGGAGUGGAGGGGCGCGCCAUGGGGAGUGGAGGGGCGCGCCAUGGGGAGUGGAGGGGCGCGCCAUGGGGAGUGGAGGGGCGCGCCAUGGGGACCUUCUCGCCCUCCUCGCCCCCAUGGCUUGAGGCAGAGGCAAAGCCCCAGAGCAGAGGUGUAGGGCGCAAGAGCGAGGGUGGAGGUGUAGGGGAUGCGAGAGGGGAGGGGCUAUUGGGUGUGCUGGAUGGCUGCUGCACCGCUUCCUCUCCGCUGCCUUCCCUGCCGACUACCGUGCGCGCCUCAGGGCAGGGACAUGCUGCAGGAGGAGGAGGGGGCCAUGGGCGCCGUCUCGUCCUUCCAUCCAGCCCUUCCAUGCAUGAUGCUGACACGACACCAGGGGGAAGUGGUGGUGGUGCAGCGCGCCAAAGAGACGUCGCUGAGGAGGAGGAGGAGGAGGAGGAGGAGGAGGAGGAGGAGGAGGAGGAGGAGGAGGAGGAGGAGGAGGAGGAGGAGGAGGAGGAGGAGGAGGAGGAGGAGGAGGAGGAUAGGGCCAUGGGGCACCAUCUUGACCUCCACGCCCCCCGCGACAGAGGGCAGCGGCGCGGCAGAGGGCAGAGGGGCGGCAGAGGGCAGAGGGACAGCAGAGGGCAGAGGGGCGGCAGAGGGCAGAGGGGCAGCAGAGGGCAGAGGGGCGGCAGAGGGCAGAGGGGCAGCAGAGGGCAGAGGGGCGGCAGAGGGCAGAGCGACAGCAGUCUGGUCUGGGCUUCCUAUUCAAUCCUUCUCUUCUCUUCAUUCCCUCUCUUUCCCCUUCAUUCCCUCUCCUUCCCCUUCAUUCCCUCUCUUUCCUCUUCCCUCCUCUCGUUCCUCUUCCUCUUUCCUCUUCAUGAAAUGCCCUCCUCUGGCGGUUCUGGUGGCACAGCUUUAGUGCCUCGGAAUCUGGAGGCACAUUGUGAUGGCGGGUUGUGA